GUUGAAUCCUCAAGAACCAUUGUUUCCAAGACACAACCCCUCCGCUACGUCUCUAUAUCUUACAUUUAAUCCAACACUCGCUUCCUGAGACCAUGACGGAUUCGAGAACAAAGGACCUGGUGCUGGAAUACCGACUGCUCCCUGCCUCGGAUGUUCUCAAGGCCUAUAACAUUGAAAUCGCAGAAUACCCCGAGUCUGAGGCAGCAUCCCUUGAGAACCUUGUCUACCGCCAGACAGCUGCACCACAGCUCUUCCUGGGAUGUUACACGCCUUGUUCUCGUACCACAAAAGCUGAAGCAGCAAGGGAAACAGAGGAGCAAAGGCAAGGACAAGGACAAGGACAAGAACACGAUUACGGAAGCGAUGUCCUCGUAGGAUAUAUUGUUUCAACUCUAUCUUCCGACAAGGCGCUGACCCAUGCAUCCAUGUCCUCUCAUGAUCCCAAGGGCUCAUCGGUUUGCAUCCACUCCGUUUGUGUUGCAGGAGCAUAUCAGCGUAAGGGGAUUGCGCGCACGAUGAUGAAAGAGUACUUGAAGCACCUCAAAAAUAUCAAUGCGUCCGUGACAUUUUCCUCGGUCUCCUCGGAGGAAACAGUAACGUCCGGUCGUCUAGAGAGAGUCUUGCUCAUUGCACACAAGGAGCUUAUCGGCCUCUAUGCAGGGGCUGGCUUUGAGCUCGUGGGACAGAGUGGGGUCGAGCAUGGUCCAGAUCCAUGGUACGAGAUGGUCUACCGCCUUUGAAUAGAGAAAGAGCAACCC